UAACUAACAUAAGUCAACAACUGAAACUAGCUACACCUCCAGCUUCCAAUUAGCAUGAAACGUCAUCUGAUUAGUUCCGGCUAAGUUAGCCACCACAGCCAAUUAAUGCUAUCCUGGCCCCAUUUUGGGGUUGUUUGAUGCUUUAGCCCAACAACAGCAGGGAGGUCUGAUACACAGUGUCAAUCAUCCCCUCAGUGUUUCCCCUCCCCUCACUGCUUGGACUGGUCCAUUUCGCAUCUGAAAAAAUCUGAUAGUUGGAGAAGAGUUCUUCAUGCCAGUGACGGCUGUAGCCUCAGCACAUAGAGUACUGUAGCUCCUGGAUCACCCUAAGAUAACAAAUGGAUGAGAAAGAGCUGAGUGACCCCCUGAACAACGUGUCUCUCAUCAAAGAUGACCUGACCAGGUCAAACAUGGGGUCCUCUGGUGAAUCAGAGAAAAUCAUCCAACGCUUGAAUGAUGAGCUUCGAGAGGCCCAGGAGCAAGCUAAUACUGAGAAGCACAAAUUCAUGGAGCUACAAGGUAUUUUGCAGGAAGAGAGAAAAGAAAAUAAGAAGCAAGCUGAUGAAUCUGCAAAACAGAUAAAACAUCUUCAAGCCCAGCUGCGGCAGCUCCAAGAUGAAACAGACAUUCUCAGAGAGCAGAUAGAUGUCACCUCCGGUUCACACGACGAGCUACAGAGCGCACAUGAUGAGGUGAAGGCGCUGAAACGUGCCUUGGAGGCAGCCACUACUGAGCGGGACCGUGAUGUCGCCAUUAUCCAGAACAACCUGGCGACUGUCUCGAAGGAUCUGGACAAAUGGCGUCAGACUGCCAACAAAUAUGAGCGUGAGAUUGAGAACCUUCAGCGUGACCUUCAACAACAGAGCAAGCAGUGGCAGAAAACUGCAGAGAUACAAGCCAGUGAGCUGCAGUCCAUGCAGAUGGAGUGUAAUGGUCUUCAGAAGGAGUGCUCCGUCCUGCGUUCUGAAAAACAAGACACAGUGAAUAAGCACCAGAAGGAAAGGAGCAGUUUGCAAAGUGAGUGUGCUUCCCUCAGGGCAGAGAAGGAGGAACUCCUCAAGACUCACCAGAAAGAGAAGGGCAACCUGCAGAGUGAGUGCACAGCUCUGCGCUCUGAGAAAGAGGCCGUGCUGCAGAGACAGCAGCAGCUGGAGAAAGACCUUGCCAGUUCGCGUGCCCAGAAUUCUGAGCUGAGCAACAGCCUCAAAGCCCUGGAGAGAUCCCAGCAGGAGUUGGAGAAGAGGCUGGCGACCCUGCAGCUCCAGCAUCAGCAGGACAGCACCAAGCUGCAAACCCAACUGGAUGAGGCAGACAGCCGCAGCAAGGCUCUGCAGAGAGAGUAUGAGGAGGCUCAGACGGAGCUGUCAGACCUGAAGGAAAAAUACGAGAAGACUGAGCAGGAGAAACAGUCGCUUAGGGAGGAGUUUGAGGAGUGCAAAGCCAACAUGAAGGACUUACAGGACAAAGGGACAAAGACAUCCCUAUUGCUGCCUGUUCAAGCCAUAGUCAUCGGCCUUAUCCUGGCUUUGCUGUAUUGGUGCUUCGGCGCAUUGUGGUAGUAAGAAACCGUGGAUGAUCUGGGGGCCUGUGGCUGCUGUGGCUCUAACAGCUGUGACGGCUGCCGUGCUCUUCAGGACCUGAGGGCAACGUGCUCAAACACACACGCACACACAUACACUCAUACAGAUGAAUCCAUAUUUGUCAUCUCUGCACUGAAACUGAGAAAUCUGCCCCCUUAUCAUAUCUGCACUAUUAAUUAGGAGGGCUCAUACUUAACACUGUUUAAUUUUUAAGAUGCUCUAUUUUAGAUGAGAGAUACAUUAAUAAAAGAAUGUCAGUUUUGUGUGCAAAUGAAUUAGUUUGUAUGCCUAUUAUUAUUUGAAGGAACUCUAGUUGGGUCGUUUCUUUCUGUCUACUCUCAUGACUUAUAGGAUUUUUCAUUAAUGAAUGUAAAGAUAUGCUACACACGUAAUUAGCUCUAAAUAUAUAUGAUGAGGAUGAUAUUUUAGAGGGAUCACCUGGAGUUUGACCCUCCCUAAAUGUAACACAUCUCUGUAACUGUCAGAAUAAUAAAUAUUGUCACAAUAAUGCAGCCCCUAACUGAGUGCAUGAUGACUGCCCUAGAUACAUAAUACAUCGGUUUAUAAUUGUGGUGGGCACCAGAACCAAUAUCAGUGUAAAAAUGGGCCAUUUUAGGACAUUUUAGACACUUCUGAAUAACUGCGGGAAAGUAUUUGAACAGACAGAGCAGAGUUUCAGAAAGUGUUUUACAUUUAUGAACAUGGACCGUGGGCAUAUGCACGUGCUUCCUACAGUAACAAAGUGUUUCCCAUACACUGAUUUAUUUAAUCCUGUUUUUUAUUUGGAGAACUGAUUUGUUUAUCAAAUGAGACAAGGAUUAGCUAGCUACCACACCCUGCAGUCCCUCCGCCUUGCUCCUUGUAGCUGUGAACUGCUUCACCAGGGAGAGGGCAGGCAGUGACUACUGGGACGGACCCUCAUUCGGUGGCUGUAGCAACUGGAAUUCAGCUCUAGCAGUUACAGCAGGCUGGUGGCCAGUCCUAAGCGCUGGCUGAGUUCUAGUUGCUGCAGCUGCUAGCUGAGGGCCCGUCUCUGGAGCUGCUGCCCACUCUCUUCCUGGCCAGGUGGUCUGUAGUGCUGGGGAGCUAGACUGAGGACACAGUGAUUCAAGGCUCUAGUUCAGUGGUUCCCAACUGGUGGGUGGCAGAUCCAUACUUAAAUACAUUUUAAGUACAGUGACUUUCCGGCACAGAGCUUUACUUUUGAGUGCCGUUUUCUUGCUGUAGAGUGAAUGAUUUAUGGAAAAGUACUUGACAAACUAGCUCAAUGACAAAGCCAUAGGCAAGUAUGACACUGAAAAUACUAAACUGUGUGGACCUUGAACCAAGGAGUGAGGAGAAAUCUAGACCUCGUUGCUGGACCAGUUGGGAACCAUUGCUCUAGCUAAUGUUAGCUUCAGAAACACAAACUUAAAGCUGCAGCUAUGAGUCUUUAGCUCUAGUUAGCAGAAGCUAAACUAUUCGAAAAAUUUCCUCUCCAUCUCUUAAACACUGAGUUUUAUUUUGUUCAUUGUCAGACUCUCUUUUUGACAAGUCCAUCUUUCUUUUUUGGGUUGCCUUCCAGUGUAGGCAGUUGUUGCCGAUGUUGGAAUAGCAACUUUCUCUGUGGGCCAUUGAAUCAGGCUUUCACUGAAGGGAUGUGCCGUAGAACAGCCACUAGAAACAGUCUUUCAUCAGUCUAGACUUUCUAAAGCCCGAGCAUGAGAACAGAGCCAAAUGGAGAUGCAGCAGUCUAGUUUUCUCUCAGUCCACUUAAAUUACAAUAAGCUCAGUAUUUAUUAUGGGGAUUUUUUUGCCCAGUGACACCAAAAUGAAAGUGCCUACCCUGCUUUAAGUAUCCAACUCCUGUCUGUUUGCCUCUGCUUUCCAUUUUAGAUACAGUUGCUUCCAUAGACAGUGAAGGUGAUGAUGAUCAGAUAUCAAUUUUGUUUUUAUUUCUGCACCAGCUGCUGUUUAUUGUGUUAUUGUUUUAUGAGCCACUCAGAUUCAGUAUUGCACAGCAUUGUUGUGUCAGUGAAACCACAUACAAGGUUAAGUUAGGUGCAGCCAUAGACUGUACAUCACCUGUUUACAUAAGGGAAGUCAGUAUUACAUAAUAACACAGUAUAAUUUAAAUGCAUGCUUUUUAGUGUAUUGUAUCCCAUCUUACCAGUAGCCACCACAAGAAACUGUUGUCAUAUUUAAUGUCAUGUUUUUGGAAACUUGCAUAACACAAAUCUGAAUAUGUAAAUACGCCCAAACCUAAAUUUGGCAUCCAUUCAGAGUUUAAUCAUGUUUAUAUAUUUGCAUGCAUAUGAUGUUAUGGAAAAAUCUCAGACUUGAUCAGUAGAUAUUAACCUGCUUUAUGAAGGUUUGCUCAUCUCCCUGUAAAUAAGUACAAAGUCUGUGUUUUGUAAAGAGAUGGAAAGAUAUAGUUUCUUGGGUUUAAAGUUUAUGAAAAGCUGCUCCAAAAUGUAAGCGUGACCUUAAUUAAAGAUCUUAACCACAUAA